UAAAUUAAAAAAAAAACAAAUACCAAACUUAAAUAUUAUUAAAAUUUAACACAAAAUGAAUGAUCAACUUAACGAAUUCGAUGCCGUGAUGGAGCAGAUUGGUUUUGGGAAGGUUCAUUGUUACGUGAUGCUCACGUUGGGCCUGCUGCAAAUGUUAACCAUACACGAGACCAUGGGCAUGGGCAUCAUUGCGACGUCUGCCGUUUGCGAUUUACGCAUGAAUAUUGUGCAGGUGUCGGCACUAACGGCGGCAGCAUUUUUGGGCAUUAUCUGCUCGUCCUAUUUCUGGGGCUAUAUCACGGACAAGAUGGGUCGUCGCUGGAUUCUAUUGCACACCAUUUCGAUUAGUAAUAUCUGUUCGAUAAUAUCCAUGUUUAUGGUCAGCUUUACGAGCUUCUUUGUGAUGCGCUUUCUGACGGGCAUCUUUGUGGCCGGGCCGAGCUUUGUGGCUGUCACGUAUCUGAGCGAGUUUUGCAAUAAACAAAUUCUGGCCCGUACUGUCACCCACAUGUACAUGUUUACGGGCUUUGCGAUGUUCUAUUGCCCGUCGUGGGCUACCCUAUUUCUGGCUUCCAAUUUUAUGGACUUUGAAAUCGGUUUCAUCGGCAGGCUAACCCUUCGUCCCUGGCGUCUGCUCGGCUGUAUGUUUAUGCUGCCCGGCUUGAUCGCCUUCUUCUUACUCCUACGCAUGCCGGAGAGUCCAAAGUUUUUGUUUAUGGUCGGAGAAACAAAGCGGGGCAUGGCGGUUAUGGAUUGGAUCAGCACCAAGAACACGGGCCAUCCGCUCAGUCCCGAGCAGGUUGAGCUGAUGCGCAAAUUCCAGGAAUCCACGGAGGUCAUCCGACAAAAACGCUCGAAUAACUUUCUGCAGCAAAUGAUGAGCGAUGCCAUGCCCCUGUUUCGUAAGCCCUAUGUCGGCUUCUACGUGGGCAGCUGUUACGUAAUGUUUAGCCUGGGCCUGGUUGCGCACGGCUUCGGCAUUUGGUUCACGGCAAUGCGAAAUCGUUCCAACAUGCGUCCCGAUAAGAAGGCUGACAUGACACUGUGUAAGAUACUUUUUAGCAGCGCGGCCAAGAUCGAGGACAGCGAGCCCGAUCUGAUUGUCGCAUGCAACGAUAGCUUUAUUGGCUUUAAGGACUCUGUCGCAUUGGGCCUUACUUAUAUUAUUCUGUACAAUGUUUGCUGGCUGAUGCUUUUCUUUUUGCCGCGCAAGGCAUUGUUCAUUGCCGCCCUGGUCAUCUCCUCCUCGUGCGGCUUUGCCCUGAUCUUUGUCACCGGCCGUUGGGUGCAGCUGUUUGCCUUCGUCCUAUUCAUCGCCUUGCCGGGCGUCGUCAUCAGCCUGUUGGGCGGCGCACUCCUUCAGUUUGUGCCCACGCAUAUGCGAGCCAAGGCCCUUUGCAUCAGCCUAAUGUGGUGUCGCUGGGGCGCAGUUGUCGGCACAACUAUCGUUGGCAUCUACAUUGAGGAGAGCUGCGAGAUGACCAUUCUGGUGAUUGCCAUCUUCCCGAUGCUUUCGGCUAGCAUCAAGGGCUUCUUACCUCUCUAGAUGGACUAUGGCCGUAGCUUCUAAAUUAUGGUUUUUAUUUAAAUUGCUUGGAUUUGAACUAAAUAAAGGCUGGGCAAGCCCAACGACUCGCUGCCUUUAAGCGACAAUGUCUGAAGUCUUAAGAGCAGCUGCAUUAGCUUUUAGCUAAUGUUGUAGACGAUAAACGA